AUGAAAGAGAUUAAAGAAGCCAUAAAUUAUCAAGAAUUUUUAAAAGUUACGAAAAAUCCACCACGUAAAUUAAACAUGGAGCUUGAUAAAUUAUUACAAGAUAGAUACAACAAUAAUUCAUAUACCUUAUAUCGACGAAAUGAAUUGGUGUUGCAUAAAAGUAAGGACUGCAAUGGGAAAAUUAAAAAUAUAUUAGAUAAAAAGUGGAAAGAAGAACCCGAAAAAAUAAAAGAGUUUUUUAAAAUUUUAGCGGUUGAGGGAAACCGCAGAUUCAAACGAUCACGAUUGCUACCAUCACCACAACCGUCACCACAACCACAAUCACUACCGCAACCGCAAUCCCAACCACAUUCACCAAAAAAGAAAUUACCUUUACUAUUACCACGACCACCAUUUCCUCAACCACGUGUUUAUUACCAACCACGAUCGUAUGAAUAUUAUUCAUACCGAUCACAGCAACUACCACUACGCGGACACUAUGAACAAUGCAUACCAACACUACCUCUAUAUCAACCACAAUUGCAACCGCAGCAGCAACCGCAAUCAUCACCAUCACUGCAACUACAACCAUCAUCACCUCAACCAUAUGAGAAUUACCAACCACAACAAUCACUAUCGCCACCACAAUUGCAGUCAGAUCACUCAGAUGAAUAUUGGAAAAUGCAUCAACUAUCAGAUGAGUUUUAUUCAUACCGAUCACAGCAACUACCACUACACUACUAUGAACAAAGCAUACCAGCAGUAACACUACCUCUAUAUCAACCACAAUUGCAACCACAGCCGCAACUGCAAUCAUCAACAUCAUCGCCACCAGAACUAUCAUUACCUCAACCAUAUGCAAAUUACCAGCCCAUAUCAUAUGAAGGUAAUCAACCACAACCAUUACUAUUGCCAUCACAAUUGCAAACAGAUGAUUCCUGCUGCUGGCAAAUGUACCAAUCCCCAGAUGAAUUUUACUACCCACAACCUCUACCGCUACAGCAACCAGAGCCACUGCCAGAUGAUGAACAAUACGAUCAGCCACAAUCACCACCAUAUGAGCUAUAUUUUAAUGAUUUUGAUUAA